UCUCCGCCAUUGAAGUGAUUUUCUAGUUUCUACACUUUCCCUCCUCCUCUCUCCCUCCUCAUUUUCGUUUCUUGUUCAAUAUUAACUUGUAAGAGAUCUUUUGAAAGAACUUUGCGCUUCAGAUUUUUCAAAGCAACGCUUCUAAAUUGGAAGCGAGUGAUUCCUCCCAACUCAAGUUGUCUGGAAUCGCUAUUUCAUUCACGCUUCCACACGAUUCCGCUUCUGAAGCGUGAAUCGUGUGUCUUUCGAAGCUUCCAUGCUACAUAGAGAUUUUAUUGGCAAAAAAGAUGCAAGCUUUAAGCUUUUGGCCAUUAAAGUCUGGUCUUUUGGUUGGAUCAAGAUUGGAAUUUGAGUUGGAUUGUUCUUGUUUCGUAGUUAGCUCUAAGACUAGAAAGAGACAUUCUUUUGUAGAGCAGGCUUGCUUUGGUAGUAUCUCUAGCUUAGUCUUGGUUUCGAGUAAUAGGAAAUUUGAAGGUUCGAAAUUUCUGUUUCUGUGUGAGCCAAAGAGAAGUUUCUUGGGGUCAUCGGUUGGGGUAAGAUGGGCCACAGAGCUCGGGGAAGAAGUUUCCACAGAAGAUUCAAGUUCAUCUUCUGUUGAUCAUUCUGAACCACAAGCUGUAAAUGGAGGAGAAAAGAACAAUUCAAGAGUUAAUGUUAGAGAAUUGGCGUUCAGUUUACGAGCUGCUAAGACAGCUGAUGAUGUUGAUGCUGUUCUCAAGGAGAAAGGAGAAUUACCUCUACAAGUGUUUUGUGCUAUGAUUAGUGGUUUUGGCAAGGACAAGAGAUUGGAGCCUGCGGUAGCGGUAGUAGAUUGGCUUAAGAGGAAGAAGAGUGAAUCAGGCAGUGUCAUAGGUCCUAACCUUUUUAUAUAUAACAGUCUUUUGGGUGCGAUGAAACAGUUGAGUGCGUUUGGGGAAGCAGAGAAGGUACUGAGUGACAUGGAGGAAGAAGGGAUUGUUCCAAACAUUGUUACUUACAAUACUUUGAUGGUUAUUUACAUGGAGGAAGGGGAGUUUCUCAAGGCCCUUGGGAUUCUUGAUUUAGUCAAGGAGAAAGGUUUUGAGCCUAACCCGAUUACAUAUUCAACGGCGUUGCUCGUCUACAGAAGAAUGGAAGACGGUAUGGGAGCUCUCGAGUUCUUUGUUGAACUGAGAGAAAAAUACUCAAAGAGGGAAAUAGGGAAUGACCCCGAUUACGAUUGGAAAUUUGAGUUUUUUAAGCUUGAAAACUUCAUUGGUAGAAUAUGCUACCAAGUGAUGAGGCGGUGGCUAGUGAAAAAUGAAAACUGGACUACUAGAGUGUUGAAGCUUUUGAAUGCAAUGGACAGUGCAGGGCUUAAACCGAGUAGGGAAGAGCACGAGAGGCUUAUAUGGGCAUGUACUCGUGAAGAGCAUUAUAUUGUUGGUAAAGAGUUGUAUAAAAGAAUCAGAGAAAGGUUUCCCGAGAUAAGUUUGUCUGUCUGCAACCAUUUGAUUUGGCUGAUGGGUAAGGCUAAGAAAUGGUGGGCAGCGUUAGAGAUCUAUGAGGAUCUUCUUGAUGAAGGACCUGAACCUAACAACUUGUCUUACGAGUUAGUGGUCUCUCAUUUCAGUAUCUUGCUGAGUGCAGCUAGCAGGAGAGGGAUAUGGAGAUGGGGAGUUCGGUUACUUAAUAAAAUGGAAGAUAAAAAUUUGAAACCGCAGAGCAGACAUUGGAACGCAGUUCUUGUAGCAUGUUCAAAAGCCUCUGAGACCACGGCUGCGAUCCAAAUCUUUAAAGCAAUGGUUGACAACGGCGAAAAGCCAACAGUAAUCUCAUAUGGUGCACUGCUCAGUGCUCUUGAGAAAGGCAAGUUAUAUGAUGAGGCGUUUCGGGUUUGGAACCAUAUGGUUAAGGUAGGGAUUGAGCCAAAUCUUUACGCGUACACGACAAUGGCUUCAGUUUUGACAGGACAGCAAAAGUUCAAUCUUUUGGAUACCCUUCUCAAGGAAAUGGCUUCAAAGGGUAUUGAGCCGAGCGUUGUGACUUACAACGCGGUUAUAAGUGGUUGCGCGAAGAACGGGUUAAGUGGUGUGGCUUAUGAGUGGUUUCAUAGAAUGAAAAGUGAGAAUGUUGAGCCUAAUGAGAUAACUUACGAGAUGUUGAUCGAGGCUCUUGCAAAUGAUGCAAAGCCAAGGCUUGCUUAUGAGUUACAUUUGAAGGCUCAAAACGAAGGGCUUAAGCUCUCUUCUAAGCCAUAUGAUGCGGUUGUUAAAUCAGCUGAGACUUAUGGAGCCACCAUUGAUCUUAAUCUUUUGGGUCCUCGACCAGACACAAAGAAGAGAGCGUAGUCUAAAGAAACACAUUGUACAAGAUCCAAUGCUACUGUGGGGUAAGGCACAUCCAAGGACUGACAUGUCGGAGACAGAGAACAAAGAACAAUUGCAGGACUCUUAAAGCCAAGAAAAUUGCCAUUGCAGGGAAGAAGAAAGUUUCCAAGUAACCAUCUUCAUGAUUUCCUUCUUGUUCUGUAAUACUGUUUUUUAGUUUUGUCUAUAGUCUCUCUGUUUAAAUUGUGAUUUGUAAUCUUAAAAAACUUGGUUCGAAUUGAGCCCUUUCAGUUUAUUAUUCUUGGGCUUUUUGGUUAUUAUUGUUUUGUUUCGUAACUUCAUCAUUCAUUAUUAAGUUACAGAAAAAAGAUAGAUUUCAGCA